UGAGGCAAGUCCAUGUGCUCACAUGCCUCCUCCUCCCUUCUCCUUCAUGCGUCUCUCUUUUUCUCUCUUUGAUUAGCUGAGAAAAAACCUCCAACUCCUCGGUCAACAGAACCAGGAAGAACAGCAGCAAGAAGAUUCAAAACAGAAAAAAUGAAGGAAGGAAAUGAUGGGUUUGUUCGAGCAGAUCAGAUUGAUCUGAAGAGCUUGGAUGAGCAGCUCGAGAGACAUCUGACAAGGGCUUUGACUUUGGAAAAGAGUAAGAGGAAAGACGAAGACGACGGCGUCUCCUCCGCCGUAACGGUCACCGGAGCCGCCGCAUCGGGUUCCUCUUCAUCCGUCGGCUUGGCCUUGAACGGCGGCGGAGUGGGAUCGAGGAGGCAGAGACUCGAGUGGGAAAUCGACCCUUCGAAGCUUAUCAUCAAAGGAGUCAUUGCGCGUGGCACCUUUGGGACCGUCCAUCGCGGAAUCUACGACAGCCUAGAUGUCGCCGUGAAGCUUCUUGAUUGGGGUGAAGAAGGUCACAGGACAGAAGCUGAGAUUGCGUCAUUGAGGUCAGCUUUCGCGCAGGAGGUCGCAGUGUGGCAUAAACUCGAUCACCCUAAUGUCACUAAGUUCAUAGGGGCUACAAUGGGUGCGUCGGGCUGUCAGCUACAAACAGAGGAUGGUCCAAUAGCGAUGCCAAACAAUAUUUGCUGCGUUGUUGUGGAAUAUCUUCCGGGUGGUGCAUUAAAAUCAUAUCUCAUAAAGAACCGUAGAAGAAAAUUAGCAUUUAAAGUGGUCGUUCAGCUCGCUCUUGAUCUUGCUAGAGGGUUGAGUUACCUUCAUUCAAAGAAGAUCGUUCACCGAGAUGUAAAGACCGAGAACAUGCUUUUAGACAAGACACGUACCGUAAAAAUAGCCGAUUUUGGUGUCGCAAGAGUUGAAGCAUCUAAUCCCAAUGACAUGACAGGAGAAACUGGGACACUUGGCUACAUGGCUCCCGAGGUUCUCAACGGAAACCCAUAUAACAGAAAAUGCGAUGUGUACAGCUUCGGAAUAUGUUUGUGGGAGACAUAUUGCUGUGACAUGCCGUACCCUGACCUAACCUUCUCUGAGGUCACUUCAGCCGUCGUCCGCCAGAACCUCAGACCGGAGAUACCAAGAUGUUGCCCGAGCUCCCUUGCAGCUGUCAUGAAGCGGUGCUGGGACGCGAAUCCAGAGAGGAGGCCAGAGAUGGACGAGGUUGUCUCGAUGCUGGAGAGUAUCGACACGUCAAAGGGAGGCGGGAUGAUCCCUGCUGAUCAGCAGCAGAGCUGCUUAUGCUUCCGCAGGAAACGCGGUCCAUGAACAGAAAAGUCGUCUUACCCGAGAAUUAUCAAAGUUUUUCCAGUGUCCUCACGAGGAGUAGCAAUGGUGGGUUUCAAUGUGGGAAGAGGAAAAUAUGUAAAGCAUUGUUUGAUUUCAUUUGCUUUGUGUGAUAUUUUACGAAGUAACGUAUACAUGGUCCCAUGUGCGUGUGUAUAUAUAUAUUACCAUUAUGUCUAACUUUGCCGAUGGACGUUUGUGAU